AUGUAUGACGAUGAAAAAGUAACUGCCCUAGAUAAUUAUCAGAGAGGUUCUUAUCAAGGAGUUUCGCAAAGUGAUGAAACCAAUGAUAAAUUGAGUAAAGAUACUUUGGAAAUUAUUGAAUCUUAUAAUUCUGUAAAUAAUUCAUUCACUCACACUUCUCCGAUUCCUGAGGGAAAGGUAAUUCUUGUGGGAGAGACAAUGGUCGGAAAAACAUGUUUAUUCGUUAGGAUUACAAAGAAUGUUUUUGGAAGUAAUUAUAGACCUACAAUAGGAAUGGAUUUUAAUAUUAAGAAAUAUAAAAUAUAUGAUAUACCAUUUUCAUUGGUAUUGUGGGAUACUGCAGGUCAAGAGAGAUUUAAGAGUCUUUCGACAUCCUAUCACAGAGGAGCUAGUGCUUGCAUUUUAACAUUUGAUCUUAAUGCUCCAGACACCUUACAUGCUGUCAGGGGAUGGUACAAUCAAGUGAAAACACAUGCUGAGGAACCAAAUAUCAAGUGGUAUCUCGUGGGAACAAAAUGUGACUUGGUGAAACAUGUUGAUGAAGUGGAAGUUAAACAAUUGGCUGAGGAAUUGAAGGCAGAAUAUUGGGAAGUUUCAUCUAAGGAAGGAAUUAAUGUUGAUAAAUUAUUUAAUAGAAUUGCCUUUGUUGCUUGGAAGGAUAAAUUGAUAAAGUGGAAUGAUAGUAACACUUCAACAAAUACCAUUCCUUCAAAACCUAAGGUAGAUAUUCAAAAGCCAACUCAGGAUGGAACAUCUCAAACGAACAACUCUAAAUGUAAUUGCUAA